CACCGCCACCACCGCCACCACCACCAUCCCCUCUUUCUCUGCCUUUCCUAAAACCUCUCCUACCUCGCCUACAAUGGCUUCUCUCAGCCACCCUCUCAAAACCCAUUUCAUUUCCACCCCAAAAGCCAAACUCCAACUAGGCAAAUCCCCCACCAGAGUCCGCAUGUCUUUCCAAGAAUCAGGCCCAAGCGUCGCCGUCGUAGGCGUCACUGGCGCCGUAGGCCAAGAAUUCCUCUCCGUCCUCUCCGACCGUGACUUCCCUUACCGUUCCCUCAAGCUCCUCGCCUCCAAACGCUCGACUGGCAAGUCCAUUUCAUUCCAAGACCAAACCUUCACCGUCCAAGAGCUCACCGCCGACAGCUUUAACGACGUUGACAUUGCGCUUUUUAGUGCUGGUGGGUCGAUAAGCAAAGAGUUCGGUCCCAUUGCGGUUGAGAAAGGUACCAUCGUUGUAGAUAACAGCUCGGCGUUUCGAAUGGUUGAUGGAGUGCCUUUAGUAAUUCCUGAAGUGAAUUCGGAAGCUAUGGAUGGGAUUAAAGUUGGGAUGAAAAAGGGUGCUUUGAUUGCAAACCCAAAUUGUUCUACUAUUAUCUGCUUAAUGGCUGCUACUCCUCUUCAUCGCCGUGCUAAGGUGACACGUAUGGUGGUUAGUACUUAUCAGGCAGCUAGCGGUGCUGGUGCUGCUGCUAUGCAUGAGCUUGAGCUACAAACCCGUGAGGUCCUGGAAGGGAAACCUCCAACUUGUAAUAUCUUUAAGCAACAAUAUGCUUUUAAUUUGUUCUCACAUAAUGCCCCUGUUCUUGAGAAUGGAUAUAAUGAAGAGGAAAUGAAAAUGAUAAAAGAGACAAGGAAAAUCUGGAAUGACAUGAAUGUUAAAGUCACUGCUACAUGCAUACGUGUUCCUGUGAUGCGUGCACAUGCUGAGAGUGUGAAUCUUCAAUUUGAGAAGCCCCUUGAUGAGGAUACAGCAAGAGAAAUUUUGAAAAAUGCUCCCGGAGUAGUAGUUAUUGAUGAUCGGACUUUUAAUCACUUCCCUACACCAUUGGAGGUAUCAAACAAAGACGAUGUUGCGGUUGGCAGGAUUCGCCAGGAUGUGUCUCAAGAAGGAAAUCAUGGGUUGGACAUCUUUGUUUGUGGUGACCAAGUACGCAAGGGAGCUGCACUUAAUGCUGUUCAGAUUGCCGAGUUGCUGUUAUGAUCUUGCUGGGGCAAAUUCAUUCAUGCAAUUAGAUUUGAACUCACUAGUGUUUAGUUUAAUAUAAUUGGUCUUUGAUUGCGGAUAUUUUUAUUAUCUUGUUUGAGUUGAACAAAAUUUUGAAAGUCUUUUGUAGCAUAAACAAUUAGGUUUUUAUUUUGGCUCUUGACGUUUUAUUAUGGAUUCAUUUGGCGAGCAAAGUGAGGGGUUCGCACAGAAAAUGAUAUGACCAAGCGGUGAGAGUCCCUCUUAUCAUGCUGCCAAAUGAAUCCUAUUUAUAUGGCCGGUUCGCGGCUGUCAUACUCUGUGUGGAUGACAUAUGGUCCAUUCAGGAAUUGACACAUGGCUUAAACAUGAUACCAUUGUAGUUAACAAAACCUGAAGAACAUAUUGAGCUACUGUACCACUAGCUAUAUUGAAGAAAAUUCUCCCUCCUACCCUUUAGCUUCUUGUUUGUGAUUGUGUCAACAAAGGAAUUCUACUGCCAAGUUCCUUGAAAAUUCAGCAAGUUAAACAUCUUCCCAAGCUUAAGGGUUAAACAAAGUCAAGAUUCCAUGGAAUUUGGUUCAAAGCUACAUUUAAGACUCCAUCAAAUCAUUUCUUUUGGACCAAGUUCUUUUUUUCUUGGUAAAAUAAGGCAUAACUUUGACCCAUGAUAA